GACGGCCCCGCCACUGUAUGCCAAACGCAUGGUACAAUGACAUGACGCAGGCUCCAACUUUAGAACGACCACAAAAUGAUCAUAGCAACGGAGAACUGCUGUACUCAUAAGUGACGACAUGGCGAUCAAAGGCCUUCUGCCUCAUUCUACGUUACGUAGGGUGACGCUCCUAGUGAUCGUCCUGGCUACCGUCAUAAUUCUCCUUACGAAUAUCGGCCUCCGAGAUUAUGUCCGCCAUGUUUUCCCACAAUCCGUCACCAGCGUCAGCGUAUCAUGUAAGGCGGAAGUCACUGCCCCACCCGUCGUCCUCGUCGACGCCGUUUUCCCGGCCAAGAUCGAAAUACUCCGCGGGAACAUCAAGUUCAUCCCCCAGUCCUACGCCACAGUUCGCUUCAGCCCAGGCAACACCGCCCAUGUUCCAACAGUGACGUUGUACUACGGUGUAGGGACGACGAACUUGACCGUCUCCAAAGCCGGAAUUUUCUAUCUCUUCGUUACCGUGGAGACGCGAGGUGACCACGCCCCUACCGAGACCUGCCAGGCCAGCGUCAGAAUCAGGGCCGCUCACCUGUCUGACCGAGAGGUGGGGUAUAAACUGGUCCGCAAGGGGACGCUGGAAGGCAAUGCACUGGAGUGGAGGGCAGGUUUCGUGGUGGUAGAGGGUCCCGUGACUGUGCCAAAGUCAGCCACACUAGUCGUGAACCCAGGAGUCUUUGUUUUGCUGCAUUCAGGAGCGAGGUUAAAAGUUCAGGGGAAAGCGUCAAUCGGAGACCCAGCCGGUCAACCCGUCGUCUUUACAGCCCAUCCGAAUGAAAGUGGCGAACGUAAGCUGUGGGGUCCUUUGUGGUUUGGGCAAAACUCGCUAGGGGCACUGCACAACACCUGGCUUACGCAAGGAGGCGCAUCUGUAUAUCAGUACUCCAGAUUUGCUGGCCGUAGCGCUGGUGCGGUAUUGAAGGUUGAGGAGGGAGCGGAGGUCGACUUUUCAGACGGAGGUAUCGUAAACAACGCCGGCCCGGGAGUGGGAGGGGAGCGUUGCACAAUUAAGCUCAGAAAUAUGAUCAUCUCGAGGUGCAAAGAUGGCGGCUACAUUCAGCAGGCAACUGUUACCAUGGAGAACGUUUACGUCACCGAAAUCGGUCGUAACCACGUGACAUCAUCUCAUCCAAUCGGUGACGGCUUCACGUUUGACCAGCCUAAACAGUCCUCUUCCGGGAAAAAGUUAUCACGAAUAUCUAACAGUGUUUUUACUGGUGGAGGCGGGGUAGGAAUAAACAUUACCGGGCCCAGCCUCAUCAUUGAGUCCACCAUCGUGGAGGAUUUUUCCCAGGCAUGCGUGUCAACAGCCGGCAGGGUGAACACCGUAUCCAUUCAGAACUCCAUCAUGCGCAGUUGCUUAGUUGGUCUCCGCGUAAAGGAUGGCAAGCUACGCGUCCUCGUGAAGAACAGCGUCAUGGUUCAGAACAAGGUCGGGGUCUGGUAUGGAGACAGGGAUGGGACAGCGUCUAAGAGUGGGACUUUAAUCUUAGAGAAUUCUCUAGCGAUGGUCAACAGUGAAAAGAACUUUCGGGUUUUCAAGGGAGGGCUGGAGCAGCCUGACACGAACGCGGGAUCAGAAAACGCGAAACUGAAAUGCUUUUUCGUGAGUAGAAGCUCCACCGUUGCAAGCCGUUCGACGUUUAGUUUGAAAGGCUCAGCACCUUGUCAACAGCCAGAAAUAUACCUUCACCAUGCAGACUGUGAAUUCACUGUGGAUCUGUUACCGUCCAAGUGUUUCCUGUCCGGUUACCCACCCACUAAACUAACUCACGUCCAAUUACAAAGACUGGAUCUGUGUAGAGACUGCUGCAAGACCGUGUCUUCUCUAGAGUUCGGAAAUUACGACCAUUGGAGCAUGAGAAACAUACGGGACAUGAAACGCGCCACUAUUUACACCGAAACGCCCAACGAGGGCUGCGGAGUGACGUUUUCUACAGAUCUGUACCAACACACCGACGGCGACUGUAUCGUGCAGAAGGUUCACGUCAAGUCAGCCUACAGCAAUCUUCAUCACUAUCAGGGUGAGAGCCACUUGAGAGAGCUUAAGGCGCACUACUUGGAUCGGGUAAUGCUCACCAAUCUGACCGCGAAGUCAUUCGGCGUGAACUUGGACUUCUCACACAUCCCGGACGGAAAUUCAUCCGCAUUGAUCAAAGCAUCAAUGUUGUGUCCUUACAGUCAACAGGACACUAAUGGACUUUCAGCUUUCGUCACCGAAUUUCUACCAAAUAUUGGCAUCUACACGCGCAUGACCAUCAAACUUGCUGAGCUCGCCCAUCCCAACAACUUCCACAAGUACGUGGCUUUUCAGUACAUUGGCAACUGCAUGAAGUCAAAACACUCCGAUUUCGUGAACAUGGAGACCAACAACUACGUGCUCAUCGACAACGACCGUUGCCUGGUGCCGGAUCGGGUCGGGGACGGCGAUAUACCGGCAGCUUACAGAUACCGACUUGCUCGCCUGCAUGAGAUCCUGUUUACGAAGCGACAUGUGUGUCAGGUACCUGCGUACAUUAUCCACAGGCUGAAGCAGAUGAACGCAGUAUCAUCACAGGUUUCUAGCCUUGGGACGCAGUUUCGGAAGGAAGUUGAAUCGCACCCUGCCAUGGCGCCGCUCGUGUUGAAGGAAGACCCCGAGAUCUACGAGGAAGUGGACGGGCGCGUGUCUGUCCUGGUUGCUGAGUACAACGCUCUUUGUGAGGGUUACAACACCGACAAGUUCGACAGCUCUCUUAGGAAGGUGUACAAGACGUCACCAAUCAUCGAAUUAUACUUGGUACACGGCAGAGACUACAUCCUCGCCAAGUUCGCGGAGGGUACGGUGGCGUACUUGAAAGUUGUCGGCGGUGAGGCGCGGGAGGACAUGGACGGGUACGUGUUCAAUGGGGGCCUAGCUGAGCUGGUAGCGUACCACUUGGACCGUCUACUCGGGAUGGGUCGAGUGGCUGUUGCCGCUACACGGCGACUGCUCCUGGACGGGAAUGUCCCGAUAAACGGCGUUAUCAACGUACAAGGGGAGAUGUUGGAAGGUUUCAACGGUAAAAAGGAUACCCUGCGGCGGUACCUUACUGACGCUGAAACAAAGACGCCAUCUAAAGGCAUACAGUGGAUAGCACACAAUCUUAAGAAAAGUCAACAUGAACUUUAUCUAGAUGUUGUUGUUGUAGGGAAAAUGAAAUCUCCAAAGGAACAUGUAGAGCUGCACCCUCAAGUUAGAGAGUUUUUCAAGCACAGUGCAAACUUUGUUACGCUCGAAAAAGUUGGAGUGACAAUUCAAAUGUUGCGGGAUCUUGCCGACAUUUUCGUGUUCGAUUUCUUGAUUCACAAUCCUGCAAGAAAAAGUCUUGCUAUCUCGGAGCUGCGUUUUGUUAUCAAUGACAACGAUAAAGCAUUCUGUCCUGACGUUUCAACCAAAGCGUGCGAUUCCAUUCUCAGAUGCCCUGCAUCGCUUCAACCCGAAGGUGCCCGAGCAUCAGCGGAGAAGCACGACGCUUGUCCGAAGAUCUGUCUGAAUGGUAACGUGAUUCCUUCGGACCAAUUCGUGAACUGUCGAUUUACGAAGAAAAUCUUCUCCAGACUCAAACGGUUCGGCGACGAAAAAGCACCUGACAGAAUGCUCUUGUCUAAACUACGACAAUCUCUUUCGAAUGAAACUAUCGAUAUCGACUCUUUCAAGUCCUACUUUGGGAAAGUGAGAAUAUAUGAAGGGAUUGACGCCAGGCUUGUUCGCUUGACAAGACAUAUGAAGAAUUGCAUGCUCAGAUUCGGUAAUGACAUAUUCAUAUGAUAUCAAAAAGGUUAUUAAGAUAAACGCAUCUGACCGACGUAUCUGUAUAUUGACGAUAUUGGUUAGAUAUCAUAUUGCUGCUAUUGUUGAAUAUUGUCGUGAAGAUGCAUAUAUUUGAUUUUUUCGCCAUAUGACAGACCUUACUGUAAAACAUAUUUAGAUGUGUAGUGUUUUCAGGCCUUUGUAAAUAAGAACUUCAUGAUCUUGUUCCUCUCCAUAUUGCAAUACGAUGCCUCUACUCCCAGACUGCUAUACUUAGCCCACCCCUCGCCUUUUAGAUGAUGGUGUGUAAAAAAUAUGAAAAAAAAGACCAUCUUCUUUCCCCAUGCUGAAGUUACUUGUUCCCGUGAGUGUGAUAGAUACAUACACACGUUAUGCAACAUUGAAUCAUGUUCCACGCCAGAGAGAUAUCUUUUUGGCUCCAAAACCUUUGAAUAAAAUCAUUGGGUUAAGAUGGUCAGCUUUCGUCAUUAUACUUCUGAACUUCAACAUUGACACCAGAUAGAACAGUAUACUGUUGUAGUUUUUGAUAUCACGACGAUGUAGAGCAAGACUUCCUUUCCAACGAUAAUCAGUCAUUUCACAUUUCAUAGCAUGAUGCAUUGUGGGUAAACGUAAAAGCCACUUCUUUAUUGAUAUGCCUUAGACUCUUACUAUUACCCACAAUGCUUCACAUUGCAAAUGCGCAAUUCUCACUGUGGUCUGGUUUAUC